UUAAAGAAAUUAAAGAUCAAAUGGAGAAAUCUGAAAAAAUAGCUUACGUUUCGGUUUUGUCUCUUCUCUCGCUCUUUCUUCUCCUCCUCAUCAUCUUCCUCUUCUUACUAUGCAGAAAGAAACCGCUCCGGACCGACGAAUGUCUCCUUCCAGAAACCAAACCGGUCGGUCUAUCUUAUCCCUUAACCGAAAUAGAUUCGGCAACCGACGGUUUCAACCAGCGACGAAUCAUCGGCAGUGGCCGGUUAGGUACGGUUUACGCCGCGGUUAUCCCAACGCACAAAAACCUCGUCGCGGUCAAAAGAAUACAUCCCGGUUUGGUUCUAAGCAAACCGGGAUCCGGUUUCUCCACGAUCCUCAGAACGCUCUCCUCCUCUCUCCACCCCAACGUCGUCUCGAUCCUCGGCUUCUCGGAAGCUCCCGGCGAGAGGAUCGUCGUCACCGAGUUCGUCGGAGAAGCGAGGAGCUUGAGCGAUCACUUACAACAACAACACGGCGGAGACUACUCCGAUCUCGACUGGCGGAAACGUUUUAAAGUCGCGGCGGGAGCGGCGAGGGGUCUGGAGUAUCUCCACGAGGUCGCGAACCCUAGAAUCGUCCACGGGAGGUUCACGUCGUCGAACGUGCUUCUCGACGGCGAGUUCGCGGCGAAGGUUUCGGAUUACGGACUCGCGUUUCUGAUCGCGCGGGAGAAGUCGGAGAUCGCGGGGUGCGUCGAGGAAGGGUACUGUAGAGAGAGCGACGUGUACGGAUUCGGCGUCGUUUUGCUGGAGAUUUUGAGCGGGAGGAGAAGCGAGGGAGGAUCGAUCGUGAAGUGGGCGACGCCGUUGAUCAAGGAGAAGAGAUUCGGGGAGCUUUUGGAUCCGAGAGUGGUUGUUCGGAGCGAGGUCAAGUGUUUGGUGAUAAGGCUGGCGAAGGUGGCUUUGGCAUGCGUGGGGAAUUCGCGGAGGAGCCGGCCGUCGGUUUCUCAGGUGGCGGCGAUUUUGAAUAGUUUGGAGAGGGAAGCAGGGGUGGUUUGAGUAAUUUCGAAAAGUUUUGGGGUUUUUUACGGAGAAGAUUAAGAAUGUUUUAGGGGUGAGAAUGUAAGAUAAUUAAUUCUGUAAAUGAGUAUAUUUCACGAAUUGUACAUUUUUAACUGGUUUCAUGUGAUUUUAUUUGAUUUCUAUUGAUGA